GUUCAAUUCCAGUUCUGGUGAAGAAAUUAAUGCUGUUGAAUCCGCCUACUCCAAAACUCCGUAUAAACCACAUAACGAAUCGAAAUUUCCAAGUUUUGGCUUUUAUCUCAUUGGAUGUUCAAAUGGACGCAUCAUGUACGUUAAGUACGACAGGUCGAAGGAGAAUGAAAUUUCAGUGAGUCAAGUGAAUAACUUGGCAUGCUGUGAAGGAUGUAUUCUAACUAUUCUUCCUCACAAAAGUGCAAAUAUUUUGUUAAGCAUUACUGAGAAAGGUCUUUUGUACCACUAUCAAGUCAAAGUGAACACUGAACUAUCUGUCAAAGAAGUGACAAAGAUGAAACUGGCGUCAGCAAUGUACAAUCCACCGUCUGUUACAUGGGCUGGAGAAACUACACUUGCUAUGGCACUUGGAGAAGCUAAUGUCAAACUUUGGGACAUUGAAAAAGCAGAUAAUUGUACCUUAACCCCUAGCGCACUUAUUCCUGAAAGUAGCAAAAGUAAUGUAAAGGUGAUUAAUGUUUCUUACUCAGAAACAUAUCGUAUUCUAGCCGCGACUUUUAACAAUGGCGUGGUUGCAUUUUGGCAGUACUGUACAGAAAUGGAAUCACCUAAAUAUUUGUCUCAUGUUCUGCGGUCAGAUUUAACGUCAAACGAAAAUCUCUAUGACUAUAUAGAUAGUUGUGGACUCUAUAGCUGCACAAAUACGAUGACAGAAAAGACACUGGAAACGAAUUGGCAUCCACAACCAAGUACCUUUUUGCCAAACAUGGAAGAUGAAUCAUUUUCAGUAUCGGAGGAUUUAAAAUAUCAAUCGAAUUCACAAGCUUGGAAUUGUCGGCAAGAAAAGCUAGCAAUUACAGUCGUACCUCACCGGCCAAAUGAAAAGCCAUAUGAAGGUCAAGAUAUACAAACCAAAUCUAGUGUAUAUAUUCUUCAACGGCAACCAUUACGUACACAUUUCUAUGGAUAUGGAUGUGCUGUUGUACAAACUGGUCCGAAAUCAUUAACAGUGCUUACUACAAUAUCUGACCAACAUGUAAACGAAACAAAUUCAAGUAUUACAAAGAAUUUAUUAGCAAUGAAAAAUAUCCCCGACAAUAAAAAGGGAAAUAUAUACAUGAAUAAAGAUGAAGAUUCCACAUACUGUCACGAAUCUAUUCUAACCAAAUCAAAGCAGCUAACGACUCAUAAAUUUAUGAAUCAGAAUGCCAAAGGUUUAAGUACUUCACUUCAUGAGUUCGAGGUACAAGUUGAAGAUCAAAUUAAGGCUUUAUAUUGUACACAAGAACAUGUAGCAUAUUGGAAUGGUCAUCAUAUUUUUGUUUAUAAACAGUCCGCUGGUGGUUAUUUAUCUCAUCUAACUAGUUUUCCUUGUGAAUUUAAGUUUGUUGGGAUGCAUCAAAGUAACAUAUUUACAACUGAACCAUAUAAAUUGCAAGUUCGUAAUUUGGAGGGCUGUGUUAAACAACUAAUCAGUUUUACAGAAAUAGAAGGUAGUAUUACUGUGACUGCCCAAUGUGCCAAUUAUUUGGCAUGUCUUACUGAUCAAAAUAAAAUACGAGUAUUUGAUCUAAGCAGAAGAGAAAUUAAAUCGACAAAUACAUCCCAAUCGUUGACAAAAUUAGUUUUAAGUGAAUUAUUAAAUCGUAUACCACAAAAUACACUAACAUUUAACCAUUCAACAGCAUAUUUUCAAGAGAAUUUCACAUCAUUACAAAAUUCAGAUAACACAUUAAUAAAUGAAUUGAAUAUUUCGUGGAUUUCAAUUAACAAAUCUGGUACUUCGAUUGCGUUUACUGUAGAAAUUUUACUCGGUGGAGAAUUGUGUAAAUUGUUAUGGUCAAACUCUAUUGAUUCGUCAUCAAAAUCAUCAGUGUUAACAAAAAUGCAAGCAGACAGAAUAAGUGACAAAUUCAUGGAAAGAAAUAGGAUGGGAAUGGUCGACAGAGAAGAGGAAUUAUUACAAAAUUGGAUUCCAGAUUCAAAUAUUUACAUUUAUCAUUUAGAUGUGGAUAAAUUGAAACUUUUCAAUUUUUUUGAAAUCCUACCAAACUCUGCAAAUACUAUACCUGAGACAAUCAAUAAUCCAGAGGGUGAUAAUAAUGCAGUUAAUUUAAAUUUAAUCUGUUUAAAUAGUACAAAUCUUAUACAAAAGAGAUGGCCAAAACGCCAUUACUGGGAUCAGUAUGAAUCAAGAAUGUUGGUUGUAGAAGCUGCACCAAUCUUAACUGAUCAUCCGAUAUUAAAAUCGAAAUUAAAUACACUUGAACAAGUAAACACUGAACAUAGUGGAGUUGAUAUGACUGUUAAUGAAGCUGAUCAAUAUACUACUGUGGAUAGUCAAUCUUCUGGUAAACAGAAAUCGAAAGUUUCUACCUCAAUUAUUUCCUUGUUCGUCAGUCCAGAUCGAAAUGAUAUCAUAGUUCAAGGAUCAUUUUUGAUGGCAUUUCAUCAUAGUGCAUUGAUUGGUGUUGAAGUGCCAUUUAUAUACUUUUCUGUUCGUUGUGAUUUAAUUCAUCUUAUUCUUGAUGAACAAUAUCGACGUCGUUCAGAGAAGAUUACAUCUGACCGUUGUGUAGUGAACAAAAUAGAUUGUACAUCAACAUCAAUUACGAGUAACUAUAAUACUGAUUUAAAUCUGGAUACAUCGUUGUUUAAAGAUAAAGAAAUGAAUGAUAAUGCUUGUAUAAAUACUCAUUCAAGAAAGAAAUCGAUAACUAGUAAAGUGAAUAGGGCCGAUGAAUCAGCAACUCAAAAUAAAAUACAUUAUGUUAACAGAUGUGUGAUGCAAAAUUUUAUUGGUCUUGAAGAUGCCGAUGAGAAAACACGUGAAGCUAUGCUGAAUUUUAGUUAUUAUUUAGCAUUGGGUGAAAUGGAUUCAGCAUUCAGAGCUAUGAAAUUGACUAAAAGUUCAGUUGUUUGGGAGAAUAUGGCUAAAAUGUGUGUAACUACUUGUCGAUUGGAUGUUGCUCGUCUAUGUUUAGGCAAAAUAAAUAAUCCAAUGGCAUCGAAAAUGUUACGUGAAUUCAAAAGUAAAGAACCAGAAUUAGAAGCUCAAGCAGGAGAAUUGGCUUUACAACUUGGAACUCAUCGCUUUGAAGUUCCUAGAAUGUUGAAAAAUAAUCCAGAAUUAUUGGAAUCAUUUGUGAAUAAUCAAAGCGAUCAAUAUAUCAAAACUUGGUGGGCACAGACAUUAGAAGCUCAAGGACGUUUUGAAGAGGCAAAAACAUAUUAUUCUGACUCGAAAGACUACUUAUCAUUAGUACGUGUGCUUUGCUGUCUUGGUCAAGAAUCAGAAGCCGAAACAAUAUGUAAUGAAACUGGUGAUGCUGGUGCGUGUCAUCAUUUAGGACAUCAUUUAAAAUUGAAAGGUUGUAUAGAUCAAGCGAUUCGUUUAUUCACAAGAGCAAAAGCUUAUUCUAGUGCAAUACGUUUGUGCAAGGAACAUGAUCGCAAUGAUCAUCUUUUUAGUUUAGCUCAAUUAGGCAAAUCAGAUGAUAUGUUGGAAUCGGCUAAACAUUUGGAAAAUUAUCCAGAUUAUGUUGAUAAAGCAAUAUUAUUGUAUCAUAAAGCUGGUAAAAUUAAUCGAGCUGUAGAAUUAGCAUUUAGUACACAUCAGUUUACUGCUUUACAAAGUAUCAUUGGUUCAUUAAAUGAUGAACAAUUAAAUCCUGUUAUGUUGAAACAAUGCUCAGAAUUCUUCAUACAAAAUAAUCAAUUUGAUCAAGCUGUUGAAAUACUAGCUACUGGUAAACAGUAUUGGGAAGCAAUAAAGUUAUGCAAUGAUCAUUAUGUUCCUAUAACAGAAGAUUUAAUUGAAAAACUCACACCAACAUCGAGCAAUUUAACUGAUAAAGAAAAAUGCAAUAUAUUGAUUGAAUUAGGUGAAUUGUGCUUAACUCAAGAGCACUAUUAUUUAGCUUGUAAAAAAUUUACACAAGCCGGGAAUCGUUUAUUAGCAAUGAAAGCAUUAAUCAAAUCUGGUGACACUGAGAAAAUUAUAUUUUUCACAAAUAUUAGUAAACAAAAAGAAAUUUACAUAAUGGCAGCUAAUUAUUUACAAACACUAAGUGAUUGGCGUUCGAAUAUGAGUAUUAUACGUAAUAUCAUACAGUUUUAUACCCGUGGUCAAGCAAUGGAAUCACUGACUUCAUUUUAUGAAGCAUGUGCUCAUAGUGAAAUUGAAGAAUGUGGUAAUUACGAAAAAGCAAUAGACGCAUUAACUGAAGCAUAUAAAGUUUUAGUCAAAUUAACAAAUUCAAACAAUGAUAAUAAUCAAACAACUGAAUGUCAUCUUAAGAAAAAUUUAAUAAGAAUUAAGAAGAAAACAAUAUUAUGCAAAGAAUUUGUAGAAGUUAAAAAGUUAUUUUCUGCCGAUCCGACCGACGCAAUGCAAAGAUGUCAAAUACUUUUAGAAACUAUUGGACCUGAUAACGUGCUGAGACCUGGAGAUAUUUAUAGUUUAAUAAUACGUGAAUUAGUGACACAAGAGAAAUAUAAAGCUGCAUUAACAUGUCUUAACGAAAUGAAGGAGCGAAUCGGAGAUAAUCACACCAUUUCACGAUAUUUGGAUAACGAAAUCCUAGAGAAGAUUUACAAGACGCUAAACCUACCGUCGAUUGAAUAUGACAAGCAUGCCUCAGAUGAGGUAGGAAAUGAAUGUGAUGUCUUAAAUUUACCCACGUAUGAGGAUAAUCUAAUUGAUGAAGACGGAAGCGACGAAACAGAUGACUAUUAAACAUUCAAGAGCGUCAAACAACUUCCAGUCCAAAUUUUAAAGUAAAACCAAACGAGUAUAGUUACGAGUGUAUAAAACAUGAGAACCGGAAUUGUACACCUCUUAUAAAUAACUAAUUAUGUGUCAUAAAGCUGCAGCUGCUUCUUUUUUCUGACGUUUCUUUUCUG